UCAAAGUGGUCCUUGCGUGUGUAUUGACAUUUGUUCAUUAUGUAUUUCUUUGUGCAAUGAAACCCUGAUAUCUGCAAGUUAUUUUCUUAUCAACCGAUCUCCGCGUGUAUCGAGAUGAUUUCGGGAAAAGCUAUUGACCCCAGGGAUGAUCGAUAGCGAGAAAAAAAGGAAAAAUACGGGAGCGCUCAAGAAUUUCAAGGGCUUGGUCGACCUAUCAUUAUCCGUUUUUUUUCACGUCACUGGAGUGAUUGCAGUUUAGGUUAAUAAAUCAGGGGUGUAUUUUAAUUAUUUUCAAAAUAGAUAGAAUGGCAACCGACGUGGAAGAGUCGGAUACGGAUGAUCAUGAUCGACCGGAUCCUCCAAAACGGCAGAAGACUCGUCUUGUCACGAGUGUCGAACACAAGGAAGAAUCGAGUCCAAGAAUCGAAAACGAAUGGCCAGUUGAAGAAGCCGAAACCCAAGAAUUCGACGAAGAAGAGAGGCUAUCCAGGGAAAAGCUGAAAGGUUGGCAGGCUUUUCAAGUAGCCAAGGGCUUUGUGGACAAUACGAUAAACAGAGUAAUGGAACACUACAUAAUGGCACCUGCUGGGACCUUUUUCCUUGAAGAUCCUUGGAUGCGAUCUUUUCGAGGAGACGAAAUGGAAGACACAGCUGUCUCUAUGGCUAUUCGCAAUCAUGGAUUAGUUCCUUCAGCCAAUCUUUCUCAAAUGAAUCCUUUCUUCUCAGGCAAGACCGUGAAUUUUUUCACCAGCGACGAUUUCCCAAAUUAUUCUCUCAAUCCUCCACCAGUCCCUGAAAAUUGUCCUAGUUUGCAAUCCACUUCUUCUGCACCAGAUUUUAUACCAGCAACUGCUGAUCAGGUAGAAGUGUGUCCUGAGAGAAACUGGAUCGAUGAAAAAACAGACCCUAGUGACCAGGAACACGAUUUUCUCGAAAGAGCCGUCGCCGAAGCCAUAAAAAAGAAAGGACUCAGUGCUCUCAGCGUUGAUUAUAGAUAAAUGUUCCAUAAAAUUUCCGUCCAAUAUUUUUAUCAUCUUUACUUAAUUGGCUUGAAUCUCUGUCUGUUAAUGAAAAUCGUAAAAAAAAAACAGAUCAAGAGAAUCGGCAAUUUGUGAAAGUACAGAAAGCUGAAACCUAUAUUUAAAAUUCAACAUCUCUUUUUCAACUCUUCAACGUAUAUUUUAUUUUAUGCUUUUAAAUAUUUUAGAGGAGAAAAUACUCCCAGUGCUUAGAUUUUAGAAGAACUAAUUUCUUCACUUUUUAAUCGCUUUAUGUUUGUAAGAGAUCUGAUAAUUAUAAAAGAAUUAUUCUUUAAAAUCAAGACCCUAGUCCUAUACAGAAUGUGCAAUUGGGCGGUUUCGAUUCGUGAUUUAUGUGUAAGAAAUUAAAAGGCGAAAAUGAUCAUUUUCAUUAUUUUCAAACCUCUCUUUUGUAUUUAAUAUUAUUAGAAGAUUGAAAUUGAGUCUAAGUUAAACAGAAUCAACUAUCUCCAUUUUUAGAUGAGAAAUACUGCCGAUAGGUUAUAAAAAAUUAUUAAAGAAUCGACUCGAACGCACAAUAGUUCUUUACUGCGAAAUAAGUAAACUUCAUCGCCUUCCUUCAAUUUAGAGUUGUCUCUAUGCCAAUAGCAGUGUCAGAUAAAAUUGAUUUUUAAUCCUAAUUACCAUUUAUAAUGUAAAGAUAAUCGCCACAAAUCGACAUCUAUUGUUUUAUUAAUAUUAAUAAUAUAAAUCAAAGUUCCUCUAGCGAACUUACUUUGUGUUUUAUCGAAUGAUAAUAUAAGAAUUUAGUUUUGUCCACAUUAAUAGUAAGAUGGAAUCCAAAUAUCGAACAAAGAGUAUAUCUCAAAACGAUUUUUUAGAUAGAAGAAAAGACAGUUUAAAACUAAUCGUACCAUUCCAUAAUUUUUAAUUGUAAUAACUCCACAUUGAAUCAGGAUAUGAUUUUCAUCUGAGGAAAGUAUUAGACUAAGUUUAGUAUUUCUAUUAUGAAUAUGACACUUUAAUCGCUUUAUUAUCUUUAAGUGCUUCUUAGAGGCUUAAUAUUUUUAAAAUUGUGUAAAUGUGAGGUUCAAUGAGUGGUUACAAUCUCUUAUUUUAUUAUUAAAGUAGUUUAUUGUAUCAAUAGAGUUUUAAUUUGUUUUUAUGAAUGAUAUGUCUUUUAUGCAAGAUUUUAAUCUGCUUCAUUAUUACACUUUUCAUUUAGAUUCGAUAAAAAAUUGUCCAAGAUUCCCUUCAUUUCCGAUGCAAAGUAGCCAGAUUCAAAUUUGAGAAUACCUUUUUAAAGAUUCAAGCUCACAGUUUAAUUCCUGAAUAACUUGGUCGCUGGUUACUAUUUAAGACGCCAUCGUAAUAUUAUUAAGGAUUCUGAGUCCUAAUCAAUGUAGAAUAUGUGGUAGAAAAUAUAAGUACUUCUGGCCUCUCUUCUUUUAAACAAAAAAGUAAAAGAUACAUAGUCGGACUGUGUAAAUAUUUGAGAAAUGAUGAAACGGAAAUCUGAUCUUAAAUAAGAAGAAAUUUUUAUUCUUCAAUACUGAAUCUAUGUGAAAUGAUGAAACUCAACUUGUUUGAAUUACACAUUGUAUCUUAAUAUAUCUCGUAUAGUAACUGUGAUCUAUAUUGUUUAAUAUCAUGAAUAAAAUAUUUACGAAAUGA